CAGCCAGAGUCCCAGAAUCCUAGUCUAGGAGCCGAGAGCCCACUCAUGCUGGUCUGAGGAUACAUAGCUCUACCCUGCUGGAAUCCUUGUCCUUCACAGGACAAUGAACCAGAAGACCACCCUGGUGCUCCUGGCUCUAGCUGUCAUCACCAUUUUUGCCUUGGUUUGUGUCCUGCUAGUGGGCAGGAGCGGAGAUGGGGGUGAACCUAGCCAGCGUCUUCAAUGCCCCACCGUAUCAUCCAAUGCCUCACCCUGGACGCACCCUGACCAAAGUCAGCUGUUUGCAGACCUGGGCCCGGAGGAGCUAACCGCUGUCAUGGGCUUUCUGACUCAGCGACUGGGGCCAGGGCUGGUGAACCCGGCCCAGGCCCGCCCCUCGGACAACUGCAUCUUCUCCGUGGAGCUGCAGCUGCCCCCCAAGGCUGCAGCCCUGGCCCACUUGGACAAGGGGAGCCCCCCACCUGCCCGGGAGGCACUGGCCAUCGUCUUCUUUGGUGGACAACCCCACCCCAACGUGACUGAGCUGGUGGUGGGACCGUUGCCUCAACCCUCCUACAUGAGGGACGUGACUGUGGAGCGUCAUGGGGGUCCCCUGCCCUAUCACCGACGCCCUGUGCUGAUGCGAGAGUACCUGGACAUAGACCAGAUGAUCUUCAACAGAGAGCUGCCCCAGGCUGCUGGUCUUCUCCACCACUGUUGCUUCUACAAAGGACGAAAAAGGAACCUGGUGACGCUGACCACAGCCCCCCGUGGUCUGCAAUCAGGGGACCGGGCCACCUGGUUUGGCCUCUACUACAAUAUCUCAGGGGCUGGGUUUUUCCUGCACCCUGUGGGGUUGGAGCUGCUGGUAGACCACAAGGCUCUGGACCCUGCCCACUGGACCAUCCAGAAGGUGUUCUUUCAAGGCCGCUACUAUGAGAGUCUGUCCCAGCUGGAGGACCAGUUUGAGGCCGGCCUGGUGAAUGUGGUGCUGAUCCCAGACAACGGCACAGGUGGGUCCUGGUCCCUGAAGUCCCAGGUGCCCCCGGGUCCAGCCCCCCCUCUGCAGUUCCAUCCCCAAGGCCCUCGCUUCAGUGUCCAAGGGAGUCGAGUGGCCUCCUCAUUGUGGACUUUCUCCUUUGGCCUCGGAGCUUUCAGUGGCCUGAGGAUCUUUGACAUCCGCUUUCAGGGAGAACGCCUGGUUUACGAGAUCAGCCUCCAAGAGGCCUUGACCAUCUAUGGUGGAAAUUCCCCAGCAGCAAUGCUGACCCGCUAUCUGGAUGGUAGCUUUGGCAUGGGCAAGUACUCAACGCCUCUGACCCGUGGGGUGGACUGUCCCUACCUGGCCACCUAUGCUGACUGGCACUUUCUUUUGGAGUCCCAGGUCCCCAAGACAAUUCAUGAUGCCUUCUGUGUGUUUGAACAGAACCAGGGCCUCCCCCUGCGGCGACACCACUCAGAUUUCGACUCCUACUAUUUUGGGGGUGUUGCAGAGACGGUACUGGUCGUCAGAUCAGUGUCUACCUUACUCAACUAUGACUAUGUGUGGGAUGUGGCCUUCCAUCCCAGUGGGGCCAUAGAGGUCAGAUUCCAUGCCACAGGCUACAUCAGCUCAGCGUUCCUCUUUGGUGCUGCCCGAAGGUAUGGGAAUCAAGUUGGGGAGCACACGCUUGGCACCAUCCACACCCACAGCGCCCACUUCAAGGUGGAUCUGGAUGUAGCAGGACUGGAGAACUGGGUCUGGGCCGAGGACAUGGCCUUCGUCCCCGUGACUGUGCCCUGGAGCCCUGAGCACCAGAUGCAGAGGCUGCAGAUGACCCGGAAGCUGCUGGAGACAGAGGAGCAGGCGGCCUUUCCCCUGGGAGGUGCCACUCCUCGCUAUGUGUACCUGGCCAGCAACCACAGCAACAAGUGGGGUCACCCACGGGGCUACCGCAUCCAGCCACUCAGCUUUGCUGGGGAGCCGCUGCCCCAGCCCCCCUGUUUGCCGGGGGAGCCGCUGCCACAGAACAGCUCCAUGGAGAGAGGCUUCAGCUGGGGGAGGUACCAGCUGGCUGUGACCAAGCGGAAGGAGGAGGAGCCCAGUAGCUCCAGCAUCUACAAUCAAAAUGACCCUUGGGACCCCACUGUGGAUUUUGCUGACUUCAUCAACAAUGAGACCAUCACUGGAAAGGACUUGGUGGCCUGGGUGACAGCUGGUUUCCUGCACAUCCCACAUGCAGAAGACAUUCCCAACACGGUGACCGUGGGGAACAGUGUGGGCUUCUUCCUCCGACCCUACAACUUCUUUGAUGAGGACCCCUCCUUCUACUCUGCCGACUCCAUCUACUUCCAGGGGCACCAGGAUGCUGGGGCCUGUGAGGUCAACCCCCUGACUCGCCUGCCCCAGACUGCUGCCUGUGCUCCUGACCUCCCUGCCUUCACCCACGGGGGCUUCUCUCACAACUAGGUGGUCCUGGGAUGGGGCAUCUGGCCAGGGUGUGAGAGGUGGGGCAGCAGCCAGGCCUGGGCUAGGUGGCCUGGUUCCCUGGUGUCCUUCUUCACAGUCCUGGGGUCCUCCCUUCUUUUCCCCAAGGUCCCCUCUUGUCCAUUGCCCUCCCUGGCAUCCCCUUCCCUGCCAGGAGCAUCCUGAGCCUGUGAUGCCUGCCCCAGGGAGAGACUCAGCUCUGCUGAUCCCGGCUGUGCUGAGGCCCAUCCAGAGCGAAGGGGAUUGGCCAGCAGAGCCUGGGUGACGGCCAAGCUUUGUUGAGAGUGACUAUCUUUUUUGUUGUCUGACUUUCCCAAAUAUUUUAAGCCAUCUCUGAAGACUCUGUGAUGGGGAUAGUUGCCUAGAGGCCCUAAGGCAGGUUUCCCGCCAGUCCUAUGAGCCCACAAAUGAGUUAGAAGGGACCCUUUUACCUGUAUUCCCUCUUGCUCAAGUACCUUCCCCCCUCUUCUUCCUCCUUUAUGCCUACUGCCUUCUCAACCUGUUCCCCGCCCUCUCCAGCCCCUCCCUGCAUGUGCACUUGCCAGAGAGAGACAGAAGGAAAGUGAGAAAUCACUCCCCAGG